UAUAGAUGGAAUUAGAAGGCAACACAAAAUUCAAUGAGUACGAGGAGAAAAUCAGAAAUCAUUAAGUCAAUGGUCACAAUUACCAGCAAGAUAAAUUGCAUUAGAAGAAGGAGUCAGAUGCUUAAUUUUUAAUUGCUUAAAACCCACUCAUAAUGAGAAAUCUCUUGAUCAUAAUAGACAUAACCAGAUCAUCUAAAAUAGGUGAUUUCAAGCCAAGUCGUUUGGCAGUGGCUUUACAAUUUUUGCCUGUACGAACCCCAUAUUCACAAUUAGGCAUUCAUUGAGUAAUUUCUAGAGUGCAAUCCCUUAUCCUAGAUUGGCAUAGCAGUUGCAGAAGAAUAUAGAUGUAAAACCAUUCUGGAUUUUACAUCCUCUUCUGUGAACAUAAAAUAAUAUUUGUCAACAAUCCAUUCAAUAAAUGAAGCAGGAUUUUCGAUGGCAGCCUGUUUAUAAGUAUCAUAACUAAGUGACUACAAUAUUAGACAGCCUUGCACGUCUUUUCUACCACUUAACUGCAUGCCUAAUCAAGUAUCCUGGUUGUAACUACCUCCACAUAUUCAGACGAUAAGCUUGACUUAAAUGAAUGGAGUGAGAAAUGCAAAUCUGCAGCUAUUCAAAUAAAUGUGAUCUCCUUUACAGGAUCUAUCAAUCAAUUAAUUAAGAUAACAUAAGCAACAGAUGGAUAAUACCUAUGUCCCUUGAAUGAAUUUCAGUUUAGCUAAGAAAUAUAGGUGAGAUAUUGACUAAUAUAUAAGAAAUUUGUUUCACCAUAAGAAUCAAAGAAUCAUAUGAUCAUUACUUAGUUGGUAAAGAUUGGAUUCCCAUAGAAACUAAUAGUUAGUCAACCUACUUUAUGCCAAUGUCAUUUAGAAAUAGUGUAAUUAUUGAUGAUGAUAAUGAUAGGUACAAUUUUUAUAAAUGUCCGGUUUGUUAUAGUAAGGUUUGUUCUCCUCCUCUUUUAUGUCCAAUCUGUUCGACUUGGAUAGUACUACCACACUAGAUACUCAGAAGUGAUGGUUCCAAUACUUUGGGAGUAUUUGAAAUAACGAAUGAUGGGUUAGAUCAUGUCUGCAGCGGGUGUUUGGAACCAACUACGGUUAUCCAUUCUACUUGCGAGAGAUGCAAGAACUUUUUCUGUUUGUAAUACAUUUAUCUUCAUUUUAGAGAUUGUGAUAUUCUAAUCCAUUCUAAAUUUAAGGUGUGUCCAGGAUGUGCUUGAUUGUUGUGAU